CUAGGUGCAGGUCUCAGCGCAGGUCCGAGAGCUUUAAAUACGGUGCGCCGGCGGGGAGCGACACACGUGCAGUUCACACCACGACGUGCGCACGCGACAGACAUGCUCGCUAAGUUGUUCUUGUUAUGCUGCGCGUGCGCCAGUGCGGCGGCCCGGCCGGGGCUGCUGGGCGGCAUCGGAUACGCCGCGCCUGCGUACGCCGCGCCUGCGUACGCCGCACCAGCGUACGCCACGCACGCAGUGGCUGCGCCAGCGUACGCCCCCGCCAUCGCUCACGCUGCAUACGCCGCACCAGUUGUUAAAGCUGUUGCUGCGCCGGUCAGCGUGGUCCGCGCUGAGCCCGUCGACCCGAACCCAGCGUACAGCUUCUCGUACGGCGUAGCGGACCCCGCGACCGGGGACCACAAGGACGCGGCCGAGACGCUUCAGAACGGCGUGGUCCACGGCUCCUACAGCCUGGUGGAGCCCGACGGUCACGUGCGCAAGGUCACAUACACCGCCGACAAGAUCAACGGCUUCAAUGCUGUCGUUGAGAGGACCGGUGCUGCUGCUCAUGCGGUCGCUGCCCCCGUAGCAGUGGCGGCUCCCGUAGCGAAGGUGUACGCUGCGCCUGCGCCGGUCGCGGUCGCCGCGCCCGUUGCCCGGUACACGCUGCCCGCUGCCCACGUCGCCCACCCGUGGGGCUAAGCCCAGCAGCUACGAUACAAAGCGUCCUGUCUUGCUGAACGAAGAAGAAUAGCUAUAUGUUAACAGAGAGCAGUAUUGAGAAUGUUGUUAAAAGAUUUUUGGCUGAGAGUUAUUGUUUUUAGUUUGGUUAGAAAUCUUAGGCCGCGGCUACACAGCAAAGGCUUGUUCAGAUGUAUUUUUUCUUAUCUUUUGUAGAAGCUAAUGUAUUUUUGUUUUUGGGGUCAAACAGAGUAGCGUUAACCGUCAAAAUGUAACAUUGGGCGAGUUAACGGGAGAUUAGGAUGGAGUGACCCUUUCUCUAGUUUUAUUGCCUUUGCCGUCUGGCCACCGCCUUGCGCGGUUUGUUCAGCAAGACUAUGCGCGCCCGACGACCUCGCCCGUCUCCUGUAACUAAUUAUUUAUUAUGUACUACUUGACUGUUGCCUACGGACUUGAUCUUGAUGCGUCGUAUUAUUUACGUUCAUGUAAAUAUAAUGUAGUUUUUAAAAAUAAAUGCA